AUGCAAUUCAUUUAUGUUUUACCUGGGUGGGAAGGUUCUGCAGCUGAUGGUAGAAUACUCAGAGACGUCAUUAGUAGAAGAAAUGGUUUAAAUGUUCCACAAGGGUGUUACUACUUAUGUGAUGCUGGAUACACGAAUGGAGAGGGAUUUCUUGCACCAUAUAGAGGUCAAAGAUACCACUUGAAUGAUUGGAGAGAAAGACACCAACCUACCACCCCUCAAGAAUAUUUCAACAUGAAACGUUCUCAAGCUAGGAAUUGCAUUGAGAGAUGUUUUGGCAUAUUGAAAGCGAGAUGGGCAAUUUUAAGGGAAAAAUCCUUUUAUCCAGUGAAAACACAAUGUAGACUCAUUUCUGCUUGUUGUCUUCUCCAUAAUUUCAUAAGAUCUGAGAUGCCAAUCGAUCAUAUUGAAUCUGACUAUACUGAAGAUAGUAGGCAUGUUGAAGAGAUUAAUGAAGUAGAAAUGAUCAGACAUUGUGAGCCAAGCAGUGCUUGGACUGAGUGGAGAGACAAAUUAGCAGAAGAUAUGUUUACUAGUUGGUUGGCGUCACACCCACAUUGGAAAGCUGAUAAUGGAACAUUUAGAUCAGGUUAUCUAUAUAAUCUUGAAAAGAUGUUAGAAAUCAAGCUUCCGACAUCACAAAUUAGGGCCCAUCCACAUAUUGAAUCUAGAGUUAAGCUACUCAAAAGACAAUACAAUGCUUUAUCUGAAAUGUUAAAUAUUGAAAGUGGAUUCGGUUGGAAUGAAGAAGAAAAAUGUUUAACUGCACCAAAGGAUGUGUUUGAUGAUUGGGUUAGAAGUCAUCCAACUGCUGCUGGAUUGCGAAACAAGUCAUUUCCAUUCUUUGAUGACUUUGUUCAUAUAUUUGGAAAAGAAAGAGCUACAGGAACAACAGCUGAGAUAGUAGCUUAUGCAGUAGAACAUAUUGAUGUUGAAGAUAAUGCAUUUAUAGAUACAUUACUUGAAGAAGAGGGAGUAAGAGAUUCUGAAUCAAGAGAGGAUGUUGGUGCUUCAACUUGCCAAACAUCUGAUGCUACUGCCUCUACCCCUAUAAUGAAAAAAGUAGCUAGCAAGAAAAGGUCUCGAAGUGAUGAUGGGUUGACCGAGCUUGUACAGGAGAUAAGUAAGUUCGGUGUUGCAUACCGAGAAACUGCCAAAGAAAUUAAGGAUAUUACUACUUUAUUGAAAAAGGAGGCAGAAGGAAAUGAUCGAAGAAUAUCGAUUUUCACUGAAAUCAUGAAAAUUGAAGGCAUGUCCACUGAUGAAAUGCUUACUGUAGGAGAGUAUAUUAGCAAAGAUGCGCACAAGGCAGAUUUCUUCUUUUCUUUGCCAAAAGAAUUCAAACAAGAUUAUGUGAUUAAGCAAUUGGUUGAAUGCCGUCAAUUUAGACCAUCAUUUUGA